AUGUCCCAUACAUGAUACGAGCAUUGAAAAAAUUUUCGUUUCUGCUCUCGGUAUUAAUCGCUUGCUAGCAACGUUCAUUACGCUCGCAUAGUUGGGCUGUCGCGAGGCAGUGCCUGCAUUAUAUUUCUCCAAAAACAUUAACAAAAAGAAGACAAAAAUAUAUAAAUAUAUAAUUGCGGGUGCGAACGGCAAAAUAAGAUAGAAAUUACUACACAUGCUCGACCUCAAAUUAAGCGCGCGCGCGCGUUUCUCUUCCCCUGCAUGAGCGAUGAAAUGCGUGUGCCACGCGCAAGUCCAAACAUAAUAACUUGGUGAAGACUUUGUUGGAAGGAUAAAUCAUGUGAUUGAAUAUACGUUUAAGUUUAUAAAACUUCUCGUCUUCUCAUCUCUCGACGGCUCCAAAGUUCGGCGUUUAUUCAACAAUUAUUAUUGAUUUAAAGAGAUAUUAUCAUAAUGUCAAUGAAGGAAAUAGUCGCCAACUUUAAACAUCCAGUCGCGAUGGCUUUUGGCAAUCCACUGCUGGAUGUUAUUAUAUCCAAUGAUGAUAAUAAUCUUGUAUCAAAGUACAAUCUCACAUUAGAUGCACAAAUUGAACUCAAGGAAAAAGAUAUAAAUCAAUUAUGUGCUGAAUUGACGGAUGAAUCCAAAAUAAUAACACGGGCCGGAGGAUCUGCUCAAAAUACCAUGAGAAUAUUGCAAAAAUUAUGUGGUGAUCUAAAUAGUUCUAAAAUGUGUGUUUACUAUGGUGGUUUAGGCGAUGACUCUAGAGGAAAAACAUUGGAAAAGUUAGUUCAGGCUGCAAAUAUUGAUGCAAGAUAUGUAAUUCAUUCGACGCUUCCAACUGGAAUUUGUGUUUCUAUAAUAAAAGGUGCUUACCGAACUUUAGCUGCAAACAUAGGUGCUGCUAGUAUAUUUACUUUAGAGGAUCUGAAACAUUUAGAAUUACCAUUCAAUUCAGUGAAAGUAAUAUACAUAGAAGGAUUUUUCAUUACGCACAGUUUAGAUGUAGCCAAGGAAGUUGUUAAGAAGGCUCAGGAAAGAAAUAUUGUGACAGCGUUUAAUCUUAGUGCGACAUAUAUCUUUAAAGAUCAUCAUGCAGCUUUAUGUGAAAUGGUUGGUAUAGCUAAAAUUGUAUUUGGAAAUGCAAAAGAAAUGAUAGCUUUAGCUAAUUCAUUAAACCUUGAAUUUGAAAAUGUGACAGAUAUUCCAUUUCUUCUAAACAAUUUGAAAAGCGUAACAAUUAGUGCGUCGAAUUCAUUGAGUAGUGAUUGGUUGUCUAAUGACUCUAUAUUUGUUAUGACUCAAGGAGGCGCCGAUCCUGCAAUUAUAGUUUGGGGUCAGGGUUGCUCUGCACAGGUUUCGCCAGUCAAACCUAGAUCACCUAUCAUUGAUACAACUGGAGCUGGAGAUUCUUUGGUUGCUGGUUUUUUAGCUGGUAUGAUCACUGGUAGAGAUCCAAAAACUUGUUUAGAGUGGGGCUGUAAAGUAGCAUCCGAUGUAAUAACAAAUUUAGGUGUUACCUUAUCCGAUGAUCUCCCUUUCGAUUUCUUGGAAUGUUAAUAGACUGCCUUUGUAGAUAAUUUAUUUUUGUUAGUUAUAAUAAUUGUUAUU